AUGAUGAUGAUGCGCCGUGUGAUGUGUGUGUUGGCCGUUGUGCUGUGCUGCGCCUGUGGAUGUGCCAUGGCGGCUGCUGCUGUUGCUAGUGGUUCUUCUUCUGAUGGAGAGGUGGCCCAUGAGGAUCUAGAUUCUUCUUGGAAUGCUGGGGUGAAAUAUGACGAGUUGGUGAAGGCUGCUGGUGAUGUAAGUUGGGGACAGUUGGGUACUGGUAUGAGCGAAGAAGGUAAAAAAAUAGAAAAGUAUUACAAGUGUAAGAACGCCACUGAUCAUAAAGUUCCGGACAUCAACUGUUCGAUUUGGAAAGAAUUUAGGACGGAGGCUACCAGUAAACCAGGUUCCAGUGUCGUUCCUGAACAACAAGCACCACAGCAAAUGCGACAAGAAACAGGGGAACAAGGUGCGGAUCUUACUGCAGGUGGUAUUCAAGCCAAUGGUGUUGUUGGUGAUGUGGGUCGUGAAGGGGCUAAUCGUCGGACAGAGGUUUCAGCAGAAAGUACACCAGAAGGUGCAGUGCACUCUUCAACAAUAGAUCAACAAAAUAACAAGGGUCCAUUGAGUGAUCCUGCUCAAGACAAUGGUAGGAAUACUGGGAGUUUACCAGAUGGAAGUGAGGCUGCAGGGAGGACCUCUUCUUCACAAGGUGCUACGAUUAAUGAUUCUUCGAGCAUAGAAAAUCAAGUAACAGAAGGGAAUACAUCGACAACUGUUAAUGCUACACUUGUUGUCUCAACUGACUCUCCGGACAGCACCAACCAAUCUCAAGUUUCAGAUACGACUGCAACUAAUUCUAUUUCUGGCGCAGACUCACACGAAACCAAUUCCACUACUGCGCCGAGCACCGAGAACACUACCACAGAAGCACCAACCACCACUCCAUCUCCUGUACCCAACGCAGAAAUCAACAACAUCGCUUCCACCGUACAGAACAAGGCUAAUGUUGUUGACAGCAGUAUCAGUCCUGUGUGGAUGGGCACUGCAGCACCGCUACUGAUUGUGGUUGUGUUGGUCUCCGUUGCCGUGUACUGA